AAUACGUACCUGUGGAAUAGUAUAUGCUCAUAUGAUAUACAAUUUAAUCAUAUAUAUGGAAGAAAAUUAUAUUCUUCUGAGAGUUUAAAUAGAGAAAAGACAAAUACAAAAACAACAAUUAUAAGUAAAGUAAAUUUAUUUCCCAAUGAAAUUAUAUUAUCAAAUUUAAAAAAUGAAAAUGAUAAUCUUGAAGAAUCGUUUUUAGAAUUUAAUGAAGAAUUAAUUGAAAAUUUGCAAAAAUAUAAAUUAUGGAAUAAUUAUAUUGCAAUACCGUAUGUUAAAAAAUAUUCCCCAAUUAAAUAUAAUGAUGUAGAUAACAAACUAAAUGAAAAUAUUGAUAACGUAGGAAGAAAUGGAGAAGAUAUUAUAAAAGAAAUGAAUAAUUUGUGGUUAAAAGUAAUGAAUAGUGAAAAAUAUAAAUAUAUAUUUUUGAAUCAUCCUUUACAAAAAUAUUAUUAUAAUAUAAAAGUAAAAUAUAAAAUAUCAAAUGAUUAUCAUAAAGAGAAAUGGAAAGAAUAUUAUGAAAUUAGAAAAAUAAGUGAAGAAGACAUUGAAACAAGAUUAAAUAAAAUCUUUAAAGAUUGGUUUAAGCAAAAAAUGAUAAAUUUAGAAGAUUAUAGAAGAGUAAUCGUUACUUGUAGAAUUGCUUGGAAGGAAUUAUCUAAUUAUGUGCAAAAUGCAUGUACAAAAGUUAUGUCUAUAUAUUUUAAUUUUAUUAAAAAAAAUAAUAGAAAAAUUUAUAUAGACAUAAACCAGUUUAAUAAUAAUAAUAAUAAUACAAAUAGAAAAAAAUAUAAUAGACAAUUAUGUGAAGGUAUGAAUUCUGGAAAAAUAAAUUUCAGUGAAUGCCUAAUAAGUGCGCCAUAUAUUGAUGGAGAUAAUUCGAAUUCCUUAUUAAAUGAAGAAGAUAUUUCUUGUAUUGAAUUAGGAAAAGGAAGUGGUAAAAUGGAAAAUGAAGAAUUAAAUAUGAACGAUCCAUAUAAGGAUAUAGAAUGUUCAAGUGGAAAUAUAGAAGAAGAAAAAAAAAAAAUUAAAAAAUGUGAUAUUAAAAAUGAUUAUGAAAAUGAUAGUACAUGUAAUAAUGAAAAUCAUAGGGAGAGUAAUAAUUCGAGUGAUGAUACAGAUAAUGAUAUAAAUGAUAGUGUUAAUAUAUUUCAUCAGUCAAAAAAAUAUAGUAGAAUACCAAAGUAUGAUACAUCUAAUCUAAAAGGUUAUUCUGAAAAUCGUUAUUAUCUUGAUCUAGAAGCAGAAUGGUUGUUCAAUAAUCUUUUAGAAAUAAAAAGGUUGGAUACUAAUAUGAAAAAUAAAAAAAGAAGAAGAAAUAAAGAAAAUAGGAAUUAUCCUUUACAAUCUGAUUUUUCAGAAAAUAUGUUUAUUGAUAAGACAUAUUAUGAUAUCUUAAAUGUGAAUCCAGAUGCAGAAUUUAUGGAAAUUAAAAAUAGUUAUUAUAAAUUAGCAUUAAAAUAUCAUCCAGAUAAAAAUGAAGGGGAUGAUGAAGCAAAAUUAAAAUUUCAAAAAAUAAAUGAAGCAUAUCAAGUAUUAACUGAUGAAGAAAGAAGAGAAGAAUAUAAUAAUUUUGGGAAAAAUGCAAUUGAAAAAAUGUUUCUUAUAGAUGGAUCAGUUUUUUUCACUUUACUAUUUAGCUCAGAGAAAUUAUGUGAUUAUAUAGGAACAUUACAGAUAUCUUCCUUUGUUAAAUUACUUCAUGAAAAAGGUAUGAAUACGAAUGAUUUAUUAUAUAAUAUGAGAAAAAUUCAAAAUAAAUUAUCAAGAGAACAAGAUAUAAGAGAAACCGAACUAGCUCUUUUAUUACGAGAUUUAUUACAGCCAUACGUAGAUGGUGAUCCGAAUUGGGAAAACCAAAUGGAAGAAGAAAUUAGUUCUUUAAUAUAUUCUAAUUAUUCAUCUUCUAUUUUAGAAUCUAUAGGAUGGACUUAUAAAAAUGUUGCCAAAACGUUUAUAAAAGAAAAUAAAUCAUUUUGUGGAUUAGGCGCUGAAAUUACAAAAAUGAAAGCUGGAUUUCGACAUAUUAAUAAUUGUAGUAAAGCCACUAGAUCAUCUAUAAGAUUAAAAAGUAAAAUAUUUAAUAGCAUACAAGAUAAUAAAAUGCUAAUGGAAAAUAUGUCCUUAAUGAAUAAUAAUAAUAAUAAUAUUACUGAUGGUAAUAAUGGAACCAUUGAUAAUGAUUCUAUAAAUGAUGAAGGUAAAUGUAGUAGUAAAAAUAAUGUUGUAAAGUACGAUAAUAAUGCUACACAAAUUAUAAAAAAGAAAAAUAAAAUAUUAGCAGAUAUUUUAGAUGAUAUAUUUACCAUAGUUUUGUGUGAUAUUGAAUUAACAGUUAGAUAUGCUGCUGAUAGGGUUUUAAGAGAUGAAGGUUGCAAUAAAGAAAUACGUUUAAAAAGAGCACAAGGUAUAAAAAUAGUUGGGAAAUUAAUGAAUAAAUGGGCAAAAAUUAAGAAACAACAGAUGAAAGACAAUAAAAUUGAUAUUAUUGAUACAAUAGAAAGUGCAUUAGAUGUAUCAAAAAUAAGGAGUGAGAACAAAAAGGAUUAG